GCAUGCGCCGUGACCAAUGCGCUGUGAAAAUGAUUGUUACAUGACGGUGUCUUUAGGAUAAAUUCAGCGCAAACUUUGCACAAGGAGUCAAACGCAGUGGUACAAUGGCAGGAGAAGAAGAGCAGACCAAGAGCAAGGGUUUCAGGCUGCUGGGGAUUCUGGAUGUCCAGAAUACUCCGUGUGCCAGAGAUGCCGUCCUACACGGAGCCGGGGGCUCACUGACCGCCGGUCUACUACACUUCCUGGCCACGAGUCGGGUGAAGAGGUCUUUUGACGUGGGAUUUGCAGGCUUUAUGCUCACCACACUCGGGUCCUGGUUUUACUGCAGGAUGUCCAACGCUAAGCUUCGUGUGCAGCAGAGGAUGAUCCAGGACGGCAUCAAGAACAAGGUCGUGUAUGAAGGGACCGUUCUAGACCCCACAAACAAACAUAAAGCAGAAACGCCAUCCAGGCCCUCAUGACCCCCAGCACUGAAAUUCCUCCCCCUCCCCUGUAAGGGUUGGGAGGAGAAUAGAGGACACUGUCAGGAUCUUACAAAGACUCAACAUCCAGUUCUUAUCAAAAGACUGACUUCAGCUGCAUAAAUGACAGAAGGACUUCGUAAACAGCAGGUCCCCAACUGGAAUCGAACAGGGAAAAUUGCAGCGAUGUGGUAUGCUAGGCCGUCAGGAUGCCCGUUUUUGUUUUAUUUGUAAAAGUCAAAACUACUGUUAACGCACUUGAAAGUUUUAACCCACAAUGUACAGAGCAGCUUUCUGUGAUCGAGCGUUGGAUCAGCCUUGACAUUGACCUCAACCCCCGAUUGAUUUAUCAUUUACUAUUUAAAAGUUGAAUAUGUGGAAAAUAAAUUGUGAAACGUAA